AUGUCUGAAGACUCCGUCAAGGCUCCAUCACCUAGCAUGGCAGAUGAAAAGGCNCUUUCACAUACACAUACUCGGACAGAUAAUGGCGUGGGAGAGAUCCAUGAUCUUAUUCAACUCGGCUACAAACCUGAGUUGACGAGGAAUAGAUCCAUGCUCACGUUGUUGUUCCAAUCUCUCGCCAUGGCUGCCGUUCANUGCAUCGCGCUUUCCCUCGCUGAAUUAGCCUCUCGCUACCCAACGAGCGCUGGCCCCUACUACUGGACAUACCAACUCUCCUCUCCCAAGGCUCGCACCGUUCUAUCCUUCAUAAACGCUUGGACAUGGCUAAUCGGAAACUGGACAAUAACACUAUCCGUGAACUUUGGAUUCGCAUCGCUUAUCGCAGGAGCUGUCGGGAUAUACCAUCCAGACUACGUGAUGACGAACUGGGAGCUCCUGUUGAUCUUCUACUCCCUGGUAAUCGCCACUCUGCUCAUCUGCGCAUUUGGCAACAAGUUCCUACCGAUGGUCGACACGAUAUGUGCUGCAUUUACAGCCAUCAGUAUCCUUAUCAUUCUCAUCGCGUUGUCCACCAAAGCAGAUGCGGGACGUCAUUCUGCUGCUUACGCCCUCUCUCAUUACGACAAGUCAUUUUCAGGUUAUGGCAACUUUACCUUCUUCAUCGGGCUAUUACCGCCGGCAUAUUGCUUCGCCGCUCUGGGUAUGAUUUCCUCAAUGGCCGAGGAGUGCGACAAUCCUUCUGUCAAGGUCCCAAAAGCACUGGCCCUUUGCGUCCCUGUAGGGGGACUUGCGGGCUUGUUCUUCGUCAUUCCGAUCUGCGUAUUACUCCCUAAUAUGUCCGAAAUUGUCGACGCGCCUGCUGCUCAAGCACUGCCAUUCAUCUUCCACAAGAUCAUGGGUACACCUGGUGGUGGAUUGGGCUUGACAUUUUUGGUCUUACCGAUCACACUGUUCUGCAGCAUCAGCAUUACUACGGCCGCGAGUAGGUGUACAUGGGCUGUAGCCCGUGAUCAUGCGCUGCCGUUUCCUGGUACGUUCGCGACAGUGAACGAGAAGCUGGGUGUUCCACUCAAUGCCAUCUUGCUCCUCACGCUGAUUCAAUUGCUGCUGGGCUUGAUCAACCUCGGCUCUUCUUCUGCUUUCACAGCCUUUGUGUCUGUGGGUGUCAUCGGACUAGCGGUUUCUUACGCCAUCCCGAUUAUCCUUUCCCUUCUGUCUUCACGCAGAGAAGUCAACACCGCAAAUUGGAAUCUCGGCAACGCAAAGGGCAAAGUGAUCAACAUCAUUGCGGGAGUUUGGAUCGGAUUCGAGUUGGUUUUGUUCUCCAUGCCUGGUGCACUGCCUGUCACCGAGGUGUCGAUGAACUACGCCAGUGUUGUUCUCUUUGGAUUCUUGGGUCUGGCGGGACUCUUCUAUGUGGUAUACGCCAGGAAGACAUACAAGGGUCCGCCCGAGAGUGAUGCCAUCGAGCAGUAA